UUUUGUCUAGAAAUGAAGGUUUGUAGUUCGCUUCACACCUUCUUGACGGAGUUCUUCGCCGGAAAUUUAUUAGAGGGGAGAUUAAAAUUUUAUCCAGGUCCAUAAGAAUCCCUGUAAUUAUCAAAUAUAAAUCGAAUUUCUCCUCCUUUCUUGGAUCUGUCUCAGUUCAUUCUCGUAGUUUUACUUUUUCGGUUUCUUUUUUCCGAUCCGAUUUUCCUGGAAAGUAAUGUUCGCUUAUGGGGACUAGAAGGUUUUCUGAACUUCAAAACAUCGUAUUCUAACAUCCUUUGUGGGAAAAGAGAGAGAUUUGGAUAAGAUUGAAUUGAAAUUUCUAUUUGUUGUUUGACAUAUUUGAUUGUUUCGUUGAUUUUCAGGUCGCAGAAGAUUCAAGGGGAGGAAAUUAGAUAAUGAAAUGUAAAACAAAGACUUUUUAUCAGAUCUGUUGAUUUUCGGGAAAUUGUAUUGCAUUUAUUCUUUCAGUCCUUGUUUGGCUUGUUGAGCUCUUUUCUAAAGUUAUUAACUUUAGCUUUCCUUUCUGCUGAGAAAAUGGGAAUGAAAGUAGCUACGACCAGUUUUCAAUGCUCGCAACCAAUUAUACCUCGUUCUCCUUCUUCCUCUCAAACCCUAGCCUCUGCAAUCUCAUCUCCUUCCUCUAAAAGUUGGUGUCAUUCAGAUGGAACUGGAGCUCUAGCACUUUUCUGCCGAUACGUACACAGAUUAGACCGUUUCGCUCUGGUUGGCACUUCAUCGACCAAGCUCCAGAGGUCACGAUCUUUUGACCAUCCAAAGUCGAGAACGCACACUAUAAGAAGAGCUUCCAGUGCAAGCUUAGAUGCCUUCUCGGACGAAGAAUUUUCCAAGAAAAUCCAAGAGCUGGCGCUCAGAUUCCAGCUCUCAGAUGAUGAUGAUGACUAUACAAGUAGCAAAGUGGAUUCUGGAUCAGAGUUAGGCUCUGAUUCUAGAGAUAGUCACGGCGUGAAUAGAGCAGAGAGUUGUAAUGGAGUUUCUGAAGAAUCUUUAAGUUUGCAGAAGCAAAGACAAUUCCCUCUGGAGCCUGUAGAGCCUCCGUGGCCAGAAAUCCAACAAGAGCUAUUGGAUUGGUGUGGAAGGGAUGAUACUAUUCCAGCGAGUAUCGAGAGGAAAGCUAACAGCGGUGACGUUCCGCUUUCUCUUAGAAUGAUAAAGAAAAAGAUGCAAUGGCAUGAGGGAUUCAGGGAUGCAGGAGAAUCUGCUUAUUGUUCAGUGAAAAAGGCGUUUUCUUCUAUGGUUUUUAUAAUUCGAGAACUACAUAGCUACACCUUGCAAAUGAGAGAGCUUCUAUUCGCCGAAGAUUUGCAAGCGAUUAUUGCUCGGGUACAGAAAGAAAUGCACGCUUCCUUCGUUUGGUUAUUUCAGCAAGUGUUUUCACAAACACCGACUCUGAUGGUGUAUGUGAUGAUUCUGCUUGCGAACUUUACCGUAUAUUCUAUGGGCAGGAACACCGCAAUUGCAGCCUCACCACCAAUUGGGUCUUAUGCAGCCACCACAGAAAGUGUUUCAGUUGUUCAAAUUCAAGAACAAAAGAAUCAAAAGUUUGAUUCUUCAUCAGUAAAAAAGUUCUCAAUAUCUUCCUCGGGUAGCAAAUCAACUUCUAUUGGGGGUAACAAUGGCGGUGGAGGUAAGGUCCGGCCAAAUGCCAGCGGAACUGACGGUGAUGGAUGGUUUGACCGUUCGGACCAAUUUAGAACAAUCGUCCCUGAUGGUGCUUCGCAACUAACCUCUCUAGGGGCUACAGGGGAGGCAGAGUCAAUAUCAGGGCAAGCAAGGAGAGAAGAGGAGUUAAGUGCAUGGAAUUCGAUCGUAGACGAAGCUUCCAAAAUGCAAGGUCUUGAUCACAAGACUAUGCAGAGUUUUGUUUCACCAAUUAAAGCAAAUAUUGAGCCGGAUGAUUAUGCAGAUUAUUUCAGAACAGAGCUAUUAUAUCAAACGGGAUUGACUCAAGACCCUAAUAAUCCUCUCCUCCUCGCCAACUAUGCUCAGUUCCUCUACCUCGUCGCCCAUGACUAUGACAGAGCAGAAGAUUACUUUAAGAGAGCGAUAGGAGUAGAGCCAGCAGACGCGGAGGCCUACAGCAAAUAUGCAAGCUUUCUAUGGAGAGUGAGAAAGGACUUGUGGGCAGCAGAGGAAACCUUCUUGGAAGCCAUUAACGCUGACCCUACAAACUCGUACUAUGCUGCCAAUUAUGCCCAUUUUCUAUGGAACACUGGUGCAGAGGAUACUUGUUUCCCGCUUAGCUCUCAAGAUAACACCCGAGAACUCUAAUGCACUGGGAAAAAAGAAAAAAGAAAAAGGAAGAAGAAAAGAUAAUACUGGAAGGAAGAGAGUAUGAAUCCUAUUAGUUAUCAUCGCCUUGCUCAUCUCAUUGUUGCCCACCUCGUGGGUCUUGACUGAGAAAAAAUAAGUUAAUUAAAAGUAAUAGAAAUGAAACGAAAGAAAAAGAAAAUGGAAUAUCUUUGUUAGUUUUUUUUAUUUUUUUACUAUAAAUUUUGUUAACCGGGGGAAAGGAAGGUGUGGUCUUGGUUCAUGGAGGGACGGUGUGUAUAAGCUGGGAUGCACGUGACCGAGGAGGGAGUUUGGGAAGAAGCAAACAGAUAAAUGGCGACACUCGCCAUGAACUUGGCCUGGCGUGUCUUCUGCUCUCGCAAUCUCAAUUGCAGGCUUUUGCGCAGUUUCAAUGUUGUUUUUCUUUUUCUGGGACAUAUCACAUGACAAAAUGUAAUUAUUCAUUUUCUUAAUACAUCGCGCUUGUAAGGUGGUGAAAAACGAACGGCUGAACGAUAGAGAAUUUACAUGUAAUUAUUUAUUUAUAUUACUUUUACUAUUAUAUGUAGAUAA